AUGCUCAUUGCUAUACUGUUAGUCUGUUUUACGUCACCAAAACAAUCAGCUUCAAAAUGUGAGCUGACGUUCAGUAAAACAAACCUCAAUCCAAUCGAAUAUAAAUAUGGUCCACGAUCUAUUGCUAUCGGUGAUUUUAAUAAUGACACUUGGUUCGACGUAGUCAUCGUUAAUAAUGCGGUAGACAGUAUAAGUGUAGCUUUUGGAAAUAGCAGCAUUAUACUUGGAAGUCCAACAAUAUAUUCGACUGGUAUUGGUUCUGCUCCUUAUAUGGUCGCUGUUCAUGAUGUUAAUAAUGAUUAUCACUUGGAUAUUGUCGUAGCAAAUUUUGGUACUAAUAAUGUCGGUAUAUUUUUUGGAUUUGGAAAUGGAUCAUUCAGUGAUCAAAGAGAACUAUCAACUGGCUCAUCUCGUCCAAUUUCAAUUGGUAUCUCAGAUUUGAAUAACGACACACUACCUGAUAUUGUAACUGUCAAUUAUGGAACACAGAGUAUAAGUAUAUUCUAUGGAUAUGGCAAUGGAAAUUUUUCAUCUCCUGUAACGUAUCUAACUGGCUAUGAUUCUCUUCCAAUGUCUUUGGCUAUUGGUGAUUUCAAUAAUGACAAUUAUUUAGACAUUGCAAUCGCCAAUGCUGGCACUAACAAUGUUGGUAUUCUUUUCGGUAAUCAAAACAAUACUUUUGGAAACCAAAUCACUUUUUCGACGGGUAUUGGAUCUUAUUCAUGUUCAAUCGCUACUGGCUAUCUCAAUGAUGACAUCUUCCUCGACAUUGUUGUAGCUAAUUAUGGAACUAAAAAUAUUGGUGUAUUUCUGAGCAAUGCUAACGGAGGUUUUGCGAAUCAAAUAACGUAUUCUAUUGAUAAUGCUUCUCCGUACUCGAUUGGCAUCGGUGAUUUUAAUCGCGACAAUCAAAUGGACUUAGUUGUUACUAAUCAAGGCAUUAACAAUAUCGGUGUUCUUUUAGCAUCUGGUAAUGGUACUUUUGAAAGUUCGCUCACAUACUAUUCAAGUGGUUCUUUAUCUUCGAUUGCGUUCGCCAUCUAUGAUUUGAAUAAAGAUAAUCGAUUAGACAUUAUGAUCGUUAACAAUGAUACUGGCGCGAUCGAUAUUUUCCUUGGUUAUUUUGGAGGUUUUGAAGGCCAAGUCAAAUAUUUAACUGGCUCUCAGCCACGGUCUGUAGCUGUUGGUGAUUUCAACAAUGAUAAUCAACUAGAUAUUGCUGUUGUAAACUGGCUUAGUAAUAAUGUCAGUGUUCUUCUAGGAUAUGGAAAUGGUUUAUUUGCAGAUCAAAAGACGUAUUCAACUGGCACUUAUCCACAGUCCGUAGCUGUCGGUCAUUUCAACAAUGAUACUCUCCUGGAUAUUGUUGUCGCCAAUUCUAACAGCAAUAAUGUCAGCGUACUUCUAGGAUAUGGAAAUGGUUUAUUUGCAGAUCAAAUGACGUAUUCAACUGGCUCUUUUCCACAGUCUGUAGCUGUUGGUGAUUUCAACAACGACGGCUAUUUGGAUGUUGUUGUCACCAAUUCUAACAGCGAUAAUGUCAGUGUUAUUCUUGGAUAUGGUAAUGCUUCAUUUGCAGAUCAAGUAACGUAUUCAACUGGUUCUUAUCCACAGUGUGUAGCUAUCGGUGACUUCAACAAUGAUAAUCGGCUGGAUAUUGUUGUCGCCAAUUCUAUGAGCAAUAAUGUCAGCGUCCUUCUUGGAUAUGGAAAUGGUUUAUUUGCAGAUCAAAUGACAUAUUCAACUGGCUCUUUUCCCCUGUAUGUAGCUGUUGGUGAUUUCAACAAUGAUAAUCGACUGGAUCUUGUUGUAGCGAACAGGCAGACAAAUGACGUUAGUGUUCUUCUUGGAUACGGUAAUACUUCAUUUCAAGAUCAAAUGACAUAUUCAACUGGCUCUUUUCCAUACUCUGUAGCUGUUGGUGAUUUUAACAAUGAUAGUCAAUUAGAUAUUGCUGUAGUCAAUGAUGGCAACGAUGAUCUAGGUAUACUUCUUGGGUAUGGGAAUGGUUUAUUUGCAAAUCAAAUGACGUAUUUAACUGGCUCUAACCCAUUCUCUCUAGCUAUUGGUGAUUUUAACAAUGAUAGUCGCCUGGAUAUUGUUGUCACCAACGGUGGUAAUGCUAGUGCCAGUGUACUACUUCAAUCUAACAGAGGAGCUUUGAUUAAAUACAUGACUUAUGCAUCUGGUGGUUCUUCCAGUCUACAAUAUGUUACUAUUAGUGAUCUAAACAAUGACACUCGACUUGAUAUCAUUGUAGCUAAUUAUGGCACCAACAAUAUCGGUGUUCUUUUUGGAAAUGGGAAUAGUACUUUCCUAAGCCAGGAAACGCUCAUUAGUGGCUCAAAUUCUCAUCCAUCAGCUAUUGCCAUUGCUGAUUACAAUGGUGACAUGCUAUUGGAUAUUGCCGUGCUUAAUUAUGGUACCAAAGAUAUAAAUAUGCUGAUUGGAAAUGCAAAAGGCACAUUUACAACUCAAGCAAAUAACGGAUUUCAUUUUGAUUCACCUCCAUUUCUUAUCGUUUCUGGUGAUUUUAAUAAUGAUGGGCGAUCAGAAAUUGCUGUUGCAUGUGAUGGUAAUGACAAUGCAAAUGUCUUUUCUGUGUAUGACACUGGAUCUUUUACAGAUCCAAUAAUCUAUUCAACUGGGGCUUAUCCGGUAUCUGUAGCAGUUGCUGAUUUCAACAACGACAAUCAAUUGGAUAUUGUUGUGGUUAAUCGAGAUAACAACAAUGUGAGUAUUUUUCUGGGAUAUGGCAAUGGUUUAUUUACAGAUCAUAUCACGUAUUCAAUUGGUACUUGGUCAUAUUGUGUAGCUGUUGGUGAUUUUAAUAAUGAUACUCUCCUGGAUAUUGUGGUCACCAAUGGUGGUGACGAUACCGUCAGUGUCCUUCUUGGAUAUGGUACUGGUUCAUUUACAGAUCGAGUAACGUAUUUAACUGGCUCUUUUCCAUACUCUGUAGCUGUUGGUGAUUUUAACAAUGAUGCUCUCCUGGAUAUUGUUGUCACCAAUGAUCAGAGCAGUAAUGUUAGUGUUCUUCUUGGGUAUGGCAAUGGUCGAUUUGCAGAUCAAAUGACGUAUUCAACUGGCUCUUCUCCACAGUCUGUAGUUGUUGGUGAUUUCAACAAUGAUAAUCGACUGGAUAUUGUUGUCUUCAAUAAUGCUGACAAUAAUGUCAGUGUUCUUCUUGGGUAUGGCAAUGGUCGAUUUGCAGAUCAAAUGACGUAUUCAACUGGCUCUAAUCCACAGUGUGUAGCUGUUGGUGAUUUCAAUAAUGAUAAUCGACUAGAUAUUGUUGUCGCCAAUUAUUUUGACAAUAAUGUCAGUGUCCUUCUUGGAUUUGGCAACGGUUCAUUUGCAGAUCAAACGACCUGUUCAACUGGCCCUUAUCCACAGUCCGUAGCUGUUGGUGAUUUCAACAACGACAAUUAUUUGGAUAUUGUUGUCGCCAAUUCUAACAGCAUUAAUGUCAGUGUUAUUCUUGGAUAUGGGAAUGGUUUAUUUGCAAACAGAAUAACAUAUUCAACUAGCUUUAGGCCAUACUCUGUAGCUGUCGGUCAUUUCAACAACGACGCUCAAUUAGAUAUUAUUACGACGGAUAAACUGAAUAAUUAUAUCAGUAUUCUUCUUGGACAUUCCAAUCAAGUAUUUGUACCACAAACGACACUCAUAACCGGUAAUUAUUCUCGACCACGAUCAUUGGCUGUCGGUGAUGUUAAUAAUGAUAAUCAAACAGAUAUUAUUAUUGCUAAUUCAAACACACAGAAUAUUGGUAUUUUUCUUGGACAUGGUAAUAUCUCUUUUGCAAAUCAAGUUACAUAUUCAACUGGUUUAUACUCAUCUCCAUAUUCGGUAGCUGUUGGAUAUUUUGACAAUGAUACUUAUCUAGAUAUCGUCGUAGCUAAUUAUGGCAGUGCUAAUAUGGGUAUUUUUCUGGGAUAUGGAAAUGGGUCUUUCAAAAAUCAAAUAACAUAUUCUACUGGUUCAGUUUCAGGUCCAUAUUCUCUAGCUGUUGCUGAUUUUAACAAUGAUACAUUCUUGGAUGUUUUGAUUGCUAAUUAUCAUGGCAACAAUCAAGGUGUUUUUCUAGGACAGGGUAACGGUACAUUUGACAAAUUCUUGGUAGUUGCAACUAAUUAUGGGUCUCAUCCAUCAUCGGUUGUUGUCGGUGACUUCAACAAUGAUAAAAAAAUAGAUUUUGCUGUGAUUAAUGAUGGUACUGACAGUUUAAAUAUACUCUUGCGGACCUGUUAA